CUCUAUUCUCAUUCCCACCCCUUCCUUCCAUCUCAACUCAAGUACCUCGCAAGUAACCCACCAUGCCUCCCUUCCACAGCCAAAACAUCCCCAACCUCCACAACCAAAUCAUCAUCGUCACCGGCGGCAACAUCGGACUCGGGUACGAGACCAUCCGCCAACUCAGCUUGCACCAUCCCGCCAAGAUCUACCUCGCUGCUCGCUCCGAACCCAAAGCCCAUCAAGCCCUCGCCAAUCUAAAACAAUCCAACCCCACUUUCACCAACAUCCACUUCCUCCACCUCGACCUGGCAUCAUUCGACAGCAUCAAAGCAGCCGCAGCAGAGUUCCUCCGUCUAGAAUCCCGUCUGGACAUCCUCAUCAACAACGCCGGGAUCAUGAUGACGUCCGAAGCACUCACCAAAGACGGAUACGAGAUCCAGUUCGGAACAAACGUGCUCGGUCCAGCAUUAUUCACGCAGCUUCUUUUACCAAUUCUCCGGGAGACAGUGAAAAUGAAUGAUCAGGCCCGCAUGGUGAUGCUCUCGUCUGCGGCUCAUGCCCGGGCACCGAGUGAUGUUUAUAACUUUGAGGAGUUACGGACAACGGCCUCACAUAGACAUACUACAGAGCGAUAUACAAUUUCUAAACUGGCGAAUUUGCAUUAUGCGCGGGCGUUGGCGGACCGGGAAACAGGGGUGAAGAUAAUCCCGGUGCAUCCGGGCAUGGUGGCUACGAAUCUUCAUCAUGCGUCCACAGGGAUGUUUCUGAGACCGUUUCUUCAUGUUGCUGUUAGUUUGGCGGCAACGCCGGUGGAGAAAGGUGCGCUUUCGCAGAUCUUUGCGGCGGUGAGUCCUGAUGCGAAACAUGGGCUGUUUUAUGGUCCUGUUGGGAAGGUUGAAUUGGGGUCGAAACUUAGUCAGGAUGUUAAGCUUCGGGAUGCGUUGUUUGCGUGGGUGCAGGGUGAGUUGCAAGGGCAUGUGGAGACGGUUUGGUAG